AUGGCUAGUGAGGAGAGUUUUGUUGUUUUGGUUCACCACAGAGGAUCCAUUAAGAGGAAAACUUGUUCCGGUGUGAAAUUCACAGAUAAGGAUCCUCUCUGUAUUAUCGUGAGUCCUUCGACGAGCUAUGAUGACCUUGUUAGAUUUGUGCUGAUGAAACUUGGUCAGGAAGGUGCGAAGCGGGUUAAGAAGUUUUACUAUCGCAUUCCAGUGACGGUCCUCCAGGAUACCGUGAAGUAUGAUUGUUUCACGAUCAGUAGUGACGAGGACUUGCAAGUAAUGUUUCUUUGUCGGCGGCAGUUUCCGGAGGUGAGGACACCAGAGUUGUUGGCAAAGCUGGUUGAUGUGGUAUCCAGCUCAGGGGGUUUGAACCGAAAUACCAUCACUUUAGCCACGGCAGCCGGUUCUAGUUCUCGGCCUGCCGUUGGUUCUUCCUCCAUCCCUGUGUACCAGCCAGUGGUCCAACCUGUCGCCUCCCCGUCUUUUGCUGUUGAUCUCAACGGCAGCGUAGGCGACGAGGUUGGUUCAAGGGAAAAUCUGCCGGACGCUUUACUGGGCGUUGCACCGCUUGGCGUUGGAGACGGAUUGUUGGGUGAUGCAGAGGAGGAUGACGUCGAGCCGGAUAUGAUUGACGAUGACAGCGGCGAUGAUAUUGGAGCGAGUGAGCCUGCAUUGGCGGUAGGUGGUUCUAGCUCUGGCACACAGCAGUAUCCACCUCAUUUUUCCUCUUUGGACUUGGAUGCCAUGAGGCAGGAGGGGGUUUCUGGGCACUCUGUUGGAUUCGGAGCUAGAGAUGCGGAAGGGACUGCUGAUCUGACAGAGUUCCAGGUUGGUCAGCAAUUUCAGGAUAAAGAUCAGGCCCUGUUAAGUGUGAAGACUUACAACAUCCGGCGAGGGGUACAGUACAAGGUAGUCGAGUCUGAUUAUCGCCGAUAUGUGAGCAAGUGUUCUGAGUUUGGGAAUGGGUGCACAUGGUUGAUUCGGCUGAGUCUCCGGCAGCGCAAGGGCAUUUGGGAGGUCAAACGAUACAAUGGACCUCACACUUAUCUUGCCACCUCCAUCUCGAGUGACCACAGGAGUUUGGAUUACCAUGUGAUAUCGGCGUUCAUUAUGCCAAUGGUUAGGGCGGAUGCAUCCGUCAGCAUCAAGGUGCUCUUGAAUGCCACGGCAGCACACUUUGGGUUUAGGCCAACUUACAGGAGGGUCUAG